GACCUGCUUGAGGUGCAUCCAAACACUUGCUUGAAGCCCUCUUGGUGCUGCACAGUCUUAAGGAAUACCUGACUCUGGAUUACUACAGACACACACACAAACGGAUUACCAAGAGAAAACCCUGAAUCAUUUUCAGGUAUUGGGAUGCAGCGUUGGAUACUAGUCCCUUACAGUUUUAUGGACAAAACCACUCCAGCUGCAAACUACAGUGAAGAAAAACCCUACGCAGUGCUACAGACCUGACUGUGACUUCGUACCAUUUCAAAGCCAGCUACGCAUCUCCUGCAGAGUAAACGAGAAGAGCUGUCUGUGUGAGGACGAGCAUCCACUGUCUGACUACACCACAGUACUACACUACCAACUUCUCCAGUCAUGGUUGGAAUGAAGCCCACUGACGUGGCCCCUACGGCCGCCGUCAAGUUCUUUGGCGCCGGGACGGCCGCCUGCAUCGCUGACCUGGUCACCUUCCCGCUCGACACGGCCAAAGUCCGGCUGCAGAUCCAGGGAGAGGUGGCGGCGGUGGAGGGUGUGAUGGCGGUGCAGUACCGCGGCGUGUUUGGCACCAUCACCACCAUGGUGCGCACCGAAGGUGCCCGCAGCCUCUACAACGGCCUGGUGGCUGGACUCCAGAGGCAGAUGAGCUUCGCCUCCGUCCGCAUCGGACUCUACGACCAAGUCAAGCAGUUUUACAGCAGGGGCUCGGAGAAUGCCAGUAUAGUUGUUCGCUUGAUGGCCGGGUGCACGACGGGCGCCAUGGCGGUGACCUUUGCCCAGCCCACGGACGUGGUGAAGGUUCGCUUCCAGGCCCAGAUGCGCAUGGUGGACGGCGCCAAGAGGUACAGUGGCACCAUGGACGCCUACAGAACCAUUGCCCGCGACGAGGGAGUCAAGGGACUGUGGAAAGGCUGCAUGCCCAACAUCGCGCGCAAUGCCAUCGUGAACUGCGCAGAGCUGGUCACCUACGACAUCAUCAAAGAGCUCAUUUUGAACUACGGCCUCAUGUCAGAUAACCUGCCCUGUCACUUCGUGGCGGGUUUCGGCGCUGGUUUCUGCACCACCAUCGUGGCGUCCCCGGUGGACGUGGUGAAGACACGGUUCAUGAACUCCACCCCCGGCCAGUACACCAGUGCCAUCAACUGCGCCAUCACCAUGCUGACCAAGGAGGGACCCACUGCCUUCUAUAAAGGGUUCAUGCCUUCCUUCUUGCGCCUGGGGUCCUGGAACAUUGUGAUGUUUGUUUCCUACGAGCAGAUCAAGAGAGCCAUGACGAGAGCGCAGCAGUCUUGGGAGUCACCCAUCUGAAUUUUAGUCUAGUGAUGAUGACAAUAUGCGGUAUGCUGUGCAUACACACACUGCACAUGUAGCGGGUUGGGCAGACGCUGAUAUGAGGGAAGAAGCCAUGAUGACAAUGACGAUGACCUGUGAUGGCUGUCUGACCGAGAGUCUGUCUGAGAGGAAGGACCGAUGGACAUACGUUGCUUACACAAACAUUUGCACGGCCUAAACACAUCAACAUGGAACCUACAGAAGGGAGAAACAGAAGGAAGAUACAGAAGGAAGAUACACAUUGGAGGCCACACAAUAUGAAAAAUGGGAAUGGCCUGAAGACAUUAUGGACAUGAAAUGGCCACUGUGAAAAAAAACCCAUAACAACCACUAGCGGUUGAUUUUGGGAGAUGAAGGGACAUGAAGAGAUUCAGGGCCGGCUGGCUGGGGAAGCCAUGAUGGGAGACGUGGCCAAAUGGUGUCCAGAGGCCGCCUUACUAAUGCACUACGAGGACAGUUCCAGUUCCAGUUCCAUUACAUUACAUUACAUUACACUUAGCUGAUGCUUUUUUAAUGCAAAGUGACUUACAGUUAUUAUUUUUCAGGGUAUUGGUUCCAGUCCCUGGAACAAUGUGAGGUUAGGUGCCUUGCUCAGGGACAUUUCAGCCAUGGAUGGAGAUGUAGGGAGAGGUCAGGUGGGAUUCGAACCUGCAAGCCCCUAAAUUCAAAGACCAACUCUCUUACCACUAGGCUAAGGCCACGGCUGCCCAUUAAAAACAAGUGUCAUUGAAGGGUUCCAGGGGUUGAACCUUAUCUGUGACCACUAGACCUGUAUCAAAUGUGAUUUGUUUACAGCAUAUUUGGUUACAAAGAUAAAUGUAGCAUUAAUGUUAUCAUUGUUGAUGUUGGACCCAGUGUUUGUUCUAGCCAAUGUUUAUACAGUACAAUACAUUGUUUAAGCGGUACAUUUGCACAAUUCUGUCACAACAAAGUUUGUGUCAGGUUCAGCUCUGUGAACUUUAUGUUUUUUUUUUUAUAACAAUCGUGUACAGUAUUUUAAAAAUUAAAUAAAGAUAUGAAUUAUAACAU